AUGUAUUCAAUAAUUCGAAAUAAUGUUGCUCGAGUACUUCAACGAGAUUUAACAUCAAUCCUUGGUUUUUUAUCUCGUUCAACGACAACUAACACGACAUCCCCAUCAAUUGAAACACGAAAAGUUGAUGAUAAUUCAACAAAAUCUGAUUCACAAUCGUCAGAUAUAACUAAAACAACUGAUGUAAAAGUUCCAUGGAAAGCAAAUGUAAUUGAAAUGCCAGUUGCUAUGAGUUCACAAUAUAUAAUUGAUAAUUUUCGUGAACAUCGUGAAAGUGGUUUUUAUUAUGAUCAUAGAAUUAUAAUACCUAAAAUGCCAGAAAAAUAUACAGUUAAACCAUUUGAAACACGGAAAACUGGUGGAAAUCAUCCUGAUACUGGUCGAAAAGAAUAUCGUCGAGUAGGUGGUGGUUUAAAAAAGACUUGGUUAUGGAUCGAUACUAUGAGACAAGGACCAAAAAGUGGUCCACCAUUAGUUGAACGUGUUAUUCGUAUUAUGAAUAGUGAUUGUCAUACAGCUAAAGUUGCUUUAAUUGGACAUGGUAAUACUCCUCGAUAUAUAUUAGCUACUGAAAAUCUUAAAGUUGGUGAUCUUGUUAAAACAUCUGGUGAAAUACCAAAAAAUCCCGUAAAAGCAAGUGAAGGUGAUGCAUAUCCAGUUGGUGC